CUGACCUUGACUCUCUCUCUCCCUCCCAGGCAAUCAUGGCUCUGUACAACAAUGGGGCUGACGUGCCUUCGCCCCAGGAAGCCUCCAACGGCUUCCCCCAGCCCGGUGCCUCGGGAACGUGGCACAAGGAGGAGGAGGUGCGGCUGGUGGAGCCCAGCAUGGUGAAGAAGGCUCACCGGGAAAUCCUGGACCACGAGCGCAAGCGGCGGGUGGAGCUGAAGUGCAUGGAGCUGCAGGAGAUGAUGGAGGAGCAGGGGUACUCCGAAGAGGAGAUCCGACAGAAAGUGGGGACCUUUCGGCAAAUGCUGAUGGAGAAGGAGGGUGUGCUCACCAGGGAGGACCAGCACGGGCGCCAGAUUGUGAUAGAGAACCACCACGGGGAGGAUGGGGAGGAGUAUGCAGUGGAGUACCCUGACUAUGGAGAGGGCUGCCUGCUGCAGUGCGACUGCUCGGCCGAGUGCUACCGCGAGGACAGCGGCCACCGCGAGUACAGGCUGAAAAGACGCUCGAGCAGCUCCACCUCUCCUCCACCCAAGAAGAAAAAGAAGAAGAAAUCAGGUCACCGCCGGAGCCGCAAAAAGAGGAAACCCGGCUCAGAGCGCAGCUGUGACAGCUCUUCACCCAUCCGCAAGGAAAAGAAAAAGAAGACUGGAAAGAAACACAGACGUGACAGGUCUGAGUCGGGGUCACGAAAAAAGAGAAGACACAGGUCCCGAAGCCCCAAGAACAAACGGAAAGAAAAAAACAAAGAGCGCAAGAGGUCCCGCAGCGAGUCCCCCGCCUGGCGCUCGCACCGCCGCAGCUCCUGCAGCUCUCACAGCGCCUCGCUCUCCUCCGACGACAGCGGCUCUAAAUCCCCCGGCAGGCUGAGCCCCAAGCGCCGGCAGGAUGGCCCCAAGGGCAGCAGCGCCCGCUCCAGCCGCAGCCCGUCCUCCCCCUCGCCCCAGCGCUCGGCCUCGCCGCACCAGAACGGGCACAAGGGCAGCGCCCAGAACGGCCGCCACAGCCACGGCGCCGCGCUCCCGGAGCCCUCGGAUGUACGUAGGCUUUUCUUGGAUCACUCUUCGCUUCCCUCCCCUCCUCCCUUCACAGGACUGCCCCCCUGCUCUCCUCUCUCCUCCUUCCCCACUCGCCCGGCUCCCCGCCCUGCCCAGCCGGAGCGCACGGGGGAGAUGUGGGGUGCAGGUUGCACUCUCCCAGCACUCACCAAGCCCGCGCUGGCUGCACGAUCGCCCUGGGGGAGCCAGCCCACGGCCCUGAGGCAGGGAUCAGGGCAGCCAGCAGGUCAUCCCUCCCCUAAAGCCACACGUCGCACUGCGGAUGUCACCCCCGGGCCCCCCCGCAGCCGGGGCAGCCGACACGGCGCCCGCAGCCCCCGCUCGCCCACGCCGGAGCGGGCCAAGCACGGGCACCGGCACCGCUCCCGCAGCGCCUCGCCGCCGUCCCGACACCGCGGCCAGAGCAAGGGGCGGCCCCCGAACCCCCGGGAGCCGCCGCCGCCGCCGCUCAGCCCCGCCGGCUACAGCAGCGACUCGGAGGGCUCGGCCGGCUCCCACCCCUACCACGCACCGGCCGGCCCCGACAGGAACCACGGCGCGCACGGCAAGAAGGUGAAGGAGCGGCACCACCGGGGCCGGCCCAACAGCAGCUCGGAGUCGUCAGCCAAGCACUCCCGGCACGCCUCGGAGCGGAGGAAGAGCCCGUCCCGCAGCCCGGGCCAGCGCAGCAGCUCCUGGAGCUCCAGCGGCUCCCUCUCCAAGUCCCGCUCCCGCUCCCGGGACAAGAGAGCAGCACGCAGCCGCUCCCGCUCGCCCUCGCCGAAAAAGCCAGCCAGCAGAGAGAAGGACAACGAGCCGCGAACACGUCACGGUGAUCCCGAUCCCGCCCGCCCUCGGCGCCGCUCCAGGAGCUACUCCCCCAUCAGGAAGCGGAGACGUGACUCCCCCAGUUUCAUGGAGCCCAGAAGGAUCACCAGCGCUCGCAAGCGUCCCAUCCCCUACUACCGGCCCAGCCCCUCGUCCUCCAGCUCGCUGAGCACCUACUCGUACAGCCGGAGCCGCAGCCCCGCAGCCCCAGCUACAACAGCCGCAGCAGCUCGGAGAGCGCCGGCUUCUGAGCCCCCCGACAGCCCAGCUCUGCCCCCUCCAUGCCACCUGCGCCCCCAGAAGGGACGGGACCAGCGGGGAGGUGGAAAGGAGCCGGAGGAUGCUAAGGAUGGACCUGGCAGCGGGGGAAAGCACGGACGGGGGCUCCAAUGGGUCCUUGGGAACGCCCUGGGAGGGGGCGGUUCCUUCCCCCUGCUCUGGGGGGAAGCUCAGACUGCUCUGGACCCCCAACCCUGCUGGGAUGUGGGGGAAUCCCCUGAGAACAUCCGAACCCAAGCCAGCAGCGGGGAUUUCCCCAGUGGCCGCAGCCCCACCCUGCAGCCCCCUGCCCUGCGCAGCCCCUUCCCCCUCACUGCCAUUUGA